AUGAGUAACAUCGCCCGUGUCCCCCAGGCUUUUCCCACACCAAAAGAACGGGACAAAAUCGUCGACCUGUACAGACAUCUCCGCUUAGCAGGCCUCAAACAAGACCCAAAGGCCUUUUCAUCCACGUACGAGACUGAAGCAGACUUCCCAUACCAAAAAUGGCUCUCUCGGAUUGAAAACCCGCAGGCACGGACCUUUAUCGCCCUGGAGGAGGAUGGAACCGUUCCUUCAUCGGACAAUGCGUUGACAGCCCUUUUGUCUAGGGAAUGGCUGGGGACAGUGACCAUCGGAGGGCCGAAAUUCGUGUUUAGCAGUGAAAUUGAUCUCAACGCGCCGUGGAAGGUAUUUACGGAAGGUGAUCGGUAUACGACACCACCAGCGGAUGGUAGAGACGCUGUCGCCGUGUAUAUGAUUGCUGGCAUGUUCGUGCUUCCAGCCUCGAGAGGAAGGGGAAAUGGCCGUCGACUUGUUGAAGAAGCUGUCAAAUAUGCCCGGGGCGCUUCCGCUACAAUGCGAGCUCUACUGGUCCUCCUAGUCGAAGCAGACAAUGAAGCUGCAAGGAAACUCUACGAACGAUGCGGGUUUCAGAAGUGCAGCGAGGACGUGGUGUUGGGUGGACUCCAGACAGUCGGGAUGAUCCUGGACAUAGGAAAGUAA